CUCCCUCUCUGCCUCGCUCAAGGAUCCUGUCUAUCAGGGCAAGGAUAAUCUGUCAGAAGGACAAGCAAAAGAAAAAAAAACACACACACAAACAAAAGGAAGGAACGAACGAAGCAAGGAGCGUGACCAGGAGAACCAGGAUCCAAGAUUUAAAGCGAAGUUAGCUUCUCUGCAAGGUGUAUGGUACUUUUCACAUUUCUGAGCAACGGCACUGAAUUCUACAAGGUAAAUUAUGACCACUCUGCUUUUAGUAUUUGUAUGUUUGCGAGUCAUCGCAGCAACUGUUUCUGUUGAAGUUUCUGAUAAUGCUAAGGCACUGAGUGUGAAGAUUGCGGCACAGUCACCAGUGAAGGCUGCGCUUGCGAGCUCCGUGACCAUUCCCUGCUACUUCAUCUCUGCCACGAACUCUUCCCCGGACACUCCCCCGGCAUCUCAGCUAGCCCCAAGAAUCAAAUGGACCAAAAUCGCCAAAGGUGGAAAAGAGACGGUCAUCGUGGUUGCUAUUUCUGGAAAAGUCAAGAUCAACCAGGAGUACAAAGGUCGAGCCCAGCUUCCAAGUUACCAUGAAAUUCCAGGAGAUGCCACCCUACAGCUGGAUAAACUACUGUCAAGUGAUUCCGGAAUGUACCGCUGUGAGGUGAUGCAUGGGAUCGAGGACAGUCAGGAUGUUGUAGAGUUGGUUGUCAGAGGUGUCGUAUUCCAUUACCGCGCCAUCUCUAGCAGGUACACCCUCGACUUCUACAAAGCCCAGCAGGCGUGUAUCGAAAACUCUGCCAUCAUUGCAACCCCAGAACAACUACAAGCAGCCUAUGAUGAUGGAUUUGAUCAGUGUGAUGCUGGCUGGAUGUCUGAUCAGACUGUAAGGUAUCCAAUUCACAAACCACGUGAGGGUUGCUAUGGUAAUCUGGAUGAGUACCCAGGAGUCAGGUCAUAUGGCAUUAGAGACACCGAUGAAACUUACGAUGUUUAUUGCUUUGCAGAGGAAUUGCAAGGCAAGGUCUUCUACAUUACCACCACUGGAAGAUAUGCCUUCAAUGAAGCAGUAGAAGCUUGCCUGGACAAGGGAGCUCAGCUAGCUACCACAGGGCAGUUAUACCUGGCAUGGAAAGAUGGCAUGGAUCAGUGCAAUACAGGCUGGCUGGCUGAUGGCAGUGUUAGAUACCCAAUCUCAAAACGAAGACCUAACUGUGGCGGCAACCUAUUAGGAGUUAGAACCGUGUACCGUUUUAUCAACCAGACUGGCUAUCCUGACCCUACAGAUCACCAUGAUGCCUACUGCUUCAGUGGAAAGCCUGCUAUAAAAGCAGUCACAGAAAUCUCACUCACCCACCUAGCCACUGAGGCAGAAGAGUUGUUUACUGAAGAGGGAAGCGCCUUUACCAUCCAAACCAUACCUGAAAAGGUAGAAGUAUUCUUCACAAAGCCUACUGAAGAGGGAGAAGUAAGGGGAGACGUUUUUACACUAAGUCCUUUCACUCCAGUGACUCUGCCAUCUACUGAGGAAGCUCCUGAGUUGACCAUAUCUCUCAGCCCAGAAACUGUCAGAAUCCCAGUUACUGAAGAACCUGUUACUGAGGGGAUUAUCCUUCCUAACAUUACAGGCCUACCCAAAGAUCUAAUCACCCCUGAGGAGAUCUCCAGUCCAGAAGUGCCAGUAUCUGUGGUAGCAACUGUCGGGGUCUCGGUACCCAUCGAAGAACUGACUGGAACUGUAGGACUAGAAGUCACAGAAAUUCCAACUCCUGCUCCACACACCAUAGAAGAGAUUAUUCCCAAGGUAACAGCAGCUCCAGAUGUCCUGGCAACACCCCCCGAAGGGCUAACAGCAGCUCCGCCUGAGACAGUGACCCCGAUUACGGCAGCCAUCACCGAAAAACUGGUUAAAGUGGAUGAGAGUUCAACGUUAUGUCCCAUCAGCCCAAUGGCUCCAACUGGGAUUGUUUUCCAUUACCGUGCCAUUUCAAGUAGGUACAGCUUUAACUUCACCCAGGCCCAGCUAGCCUGCUUGGAAAACAAUGCCUAUAUUGCCACUCCAGAGCAGCUGCAGGCAGCCUAUGAGAAAGGAUACAACCAGUGUGAUGCAGGCUGGCUUUCCGACCAGACUGUCAGGUACCCAAUGGCUGACCCUCGUGAUCGCUGCUUUGGUGACAAGGGUGGCUUUCCAGGAGUAAGGAGUUAUGGUGUUCGCAGUCCUGAAGAAACUUAUGAUGUCUACUGCUACAUUGAAGCUCUAAACGGGAAGGUAUUCCACGCCACUGUGGCAGAUGGAUUCACUUAUGACGAAGCAGUUGACUACUGUCUCAGCCAUAACGCGAAGAUAGCCAGCACUGGCCAGCUGUACGCGGCGUGGAAACAGGGCAUGGACAGGUGCCGAGCAGGGUGGCUGUCAGACGGCAGUGUUAGAUACCCUAUCCAAACUCCGAGACCAUACUGCGGCACUGGGCAAGCUGGAGUGAGAACGGUGUACCUGAACCUGGAUCAGACCAGAUACCCUGACCCAGAGUCACACUACGAUGUCUACUGCUUUAGAGAUGCCAUAACUCCCGUGGUGACGAGGAGGCCCGAGGUCGAGAAGCUGACAGUACCUGUGAUCCCAGUGAGUGAAGUCACACAGACUCCUGUGGUAGAGCUCGAAAUAGCCAGGACUGUGAGGCCAGAGGAAGCCGAGCUAGGCAAAACCGAUGUAUUUGUCAAGGAGACUACUGAGCAACCCACCAUCACAAUCGGUGUGAUUGAAGAGACCAUAGCAACCCAGGUGGUGCCUCGGGUGGAGAUACUACCUCCUGAAUUACCUACAGUAUCCCAAAUUUCUGAGGCCACCACUGAAUCCAUCCCAGAUCUAUAUCCCAUAACUGAAGAGGAUAAGGAACUCUUGGCAACUGCAACACCUACAGUAGAGCCUGGAUCUGCUGACAUAACACCUGUGCCAGAAGUUGAAGUGAGUGGGGAACCUUCUGGAUUACUGGAUAUUAGUGGAGAACCUUCUGGAAUUCUGGAAAUAUGUGGGGAACCUUCUGGAAUACCAGAUAUUAGUGGAGAACCUUCUGGAAUACCAGAUGUUAGUGGAGAACCCUCUGGAAUACCCGAUAUAAGUGGAGAACCUUCUGGAUUACCUGAUAUUAGUGGAGAACCUUCUGGAUUACCAGAUAUUAGUGGAGAACCUUCUGGAUUACCAGAUAUUAGCGGAGAACCUUCUGGAUUUCCUGAUAUAAGUGGAGAACCCUCUGGAUUACCAGAUAUUAGUAGAAAACCUUCUGGAAUUCCUGAUAUAAGUGGGGAACCUUCUGGAAUACCUGAUGUAAGUGGGGAACCUUCUGGAUUACCCGAUAUUAGUGGUGAACCUACUGGAAUACCUGAUAUUAGUGGGGAACCCUCUGGAAUACCUGACAUCAGUGGAGAACCAUCUGGAAUACCUGAUAUAAGCAGAGAACCUUCUGGAAUACCAGAUAUUAGUGGGGAACCUUCUGGAAUACCUGACAUCAGUGGAGAACCUUCUGGAAUACCUGAUAUUAGCGGAGAACCUUCUGGAAUACCAGAUAUUAGUGGUGAACCUUCUGGAAUACCAGAUAUUAGUGGAGAACCUUAUGGAAUACCUAAAAUAAGUGGGGAACCUACUGGAAUACCUGAUAUUAGUGGAGAACCUUCUGGAAUACCCGAUAAUAGUGGGGAACCUGGAAUUCCUGAUAUUAGCGGAGAGCCUUCUGGAUUACCAGAUAUUAGUGGCGAACCUGAAAUUCCCGAAAUUAGUGGGGAACCAACUGGAAUACCUGACAUUAGUGGAGAACUCUCUGGAAUACCUGAUAUUAGUGGAGAACCUUCUGGAAUACCUGAAAUAAGUGGGGAACCUUCUGGGAUAUCUGAUGUAAGUGGGGAACCUUCUGGAAUCCAGGUAAUCUUGCUACCUUCAGAAGAGCGGGAAUAUCCAACAAUAGCCACUGAACUUUCUGAAGUUGGGAAAGGGCCUAUUGAGGAACAUAUUUCAAAGAUUCCUGAUAUUAGUGGGGAGCCUUCAGGGAUUCUGGACAUAAGUGGGGAGCCUUCUGGGAUUCCAGAAAUAAUUGAGGUACCGUCUGGAAUCCCAGAUAUUAGUGGGGAGCCUUCUGGGAUUCCAGAAAUAACUGAGGUGCCGUCUGGAAUCCCAGAUGAUAGUGGGGAGCCUUCUGGGAUUCCUGAAAUAAUUGAAGAGCCAUCUGGAAUUCCAGAUGUUAGUGGGGAGCCAUCUGGGAUUCCUGAAAUAAUUGAGGUGCCAUCUGGUAUUCCAGACAUAAGUGGAGAGCCGUCUGGGAUUCCUAUAAUAACCGAGGUACCGUCUGGUAUUCCAGACAUAAGUGGGGAGCCGUCUGGGAUUCCUAGAAUAACCGAGGUACCGUCUGGUAUUCCAGACAUAAGUGGAGAGCCGUCUGGGAUUCCUAUAAUAACCGAGGUGCCGUCUGGUAUUCCAGACAUAAGUGGGGAGCCGUCUGGGAUUCCUAUAAUAACCGAGGUGCCGUCUGGUAUUCCAGACAUAAGUGGGGAGCCGUCUGGGAUUCCUAUAAUAACCGAGGUGCCGUCUGGUAUUCCAGACAUAAGUGGGGAGCCGUCUGGGAUUCCUAGAAUAACCGAGGUGCCGUCUGGUAUUCCAGACAUAAGUGGGGAGCCGUCUGGGAUUCCUAUAAUAACCGAGGUGCCGUCUGGUAUUCCAGACAUAAGUGGGGAGCCGUCUGGGAUUCCUAUAAUAACCGAGGUGCCGUCUGGUAUUCCAGACAUAAGUGGGGAGCCGUCUGGGAUUUCUAGAAUAACGGAAGUGCCGUCUGGUAUUCCAGACAUAAGUGGAGAGCCGUCUGGGAUUCCUAUAAUAACGGAAGUGCCGUCUGGUAUUCCAGACAUAAGUGGAGAGCCGUCUGGGAUUCCUAGAAUAACCGAGGUGCCGUCUGGUAUUCCAGACAUAAGUGGGGAGCCGUCUGGGAUUCCUAGAAUAACCGAGGUGCCGUCUGGUAUUCCAGACGUAAGUGGAGAGCCGUCUGGGAUUCCUGGAAUAACCGAAGUGCCCUCUGGUAUUCCAGACAUAAGUGGGAAGCCGUCUGGGAUUCCUAGAAUAACCGAGGUGCCGUUUGGUAUUCCAGACAUAAGUGGGGAGCCAUCUGGGAUUCCUAGAAUAACCGAGGUGCCGUCUGGUAUUCCAGACAUAAGUGGAGAGCCGUCUGGGAUUCCUGGAAUAACCGAAGUGCCCUCUGGUAUUCCAGACAUAAGUGGGGAGCUGUCUGGGAUUCCUAGAAUAACCGAGGUGCCGUCUGGUAUUCCAGACAUAAGUGGGGAGCCGUCUGGGAUUCCUGAAAUAAGUGGGGAGCCAUCUGCAAUUCCAAUUAUAAGCAGGGGUUCAGAAGUCAAUGGAAAACCACAUGAGGUCAGUGUUGAGCCUUCUGAAGUUUCCCGAAGUAUUAUUGCAUCCAGAAUUAUUGACAUAAGUAAAGAACCAGAAGACAUUGAAGAACCUUUAGGAUCUCCUGAAGUUACCAGCAAAUCCCCUGUGGUGCCAUUGCCUAUAACACCUGGUAUUACAGAUGUUUCAUUACGAGAAGAAUCUCAGCAUAAAAAGGAUGAGGUUCUUUCAAUACCAGUAGACAGUACAACAGUUCAAGAACCUACCAGGACUAUGGAUAUGCUGAAAGUUACUCCAGCCACACCAGCUCUCAUCACGACAGUUCCACCUCAAGUGUCACCCGAAGUAGUGACUGAACCUCUGCCAGCUGAAGUUGUCCAUGAUCCAUGCCAAGACAGCCCCUGUGGUCCAGGAACGUGUGUGGUGAGAAACAACACCUUUGUUUGUAAAUGUCCAACUGGAUGGAUAGGCAAACAUUGUGAAAUAGACAUUGACGAGUGCCACUCGAGCCCUUGUCAGAAUGGAGCUACCUGUAUCGAUGGCAUCGACUCUUUCAAAUGCUUGUGCCUACCCAGCUAUGGAGGGGACCUCUGUGAAAUUGAUGUGGAGAAGUGUGAAGUUGGUUGGGCUAAGUUUCAGGGUCACUGUUACAAGCACUUCGUUGACAGACAGACUUGGGAAGAAGCAGAGAACCAGUGCAGGAAGCAUCGAGCCCACCUGGCCAGCCUUGUCACUCCAGAGGAGCAGGCAUUCGUUAACAGUUAUGCCCAGGAUUAUCAAUGGAUUGGACUGAAUGAUAAGACAAUAGAAGGAGACUUCCGGUGGACAGAUGCCAGCCCACUGUUAUACGAGAACUGGCGGCCCAAUCAACCUGAUAGCUUCUUCAGAUCCGGUGAAGAUUGCGUAGUCAUGAUAUGGCAUGAGAACGGCCAGUGGAACGACGUUCCCUGCAAUUACCACUUGCCGUACACCUGUAAGAAGGGAACAGUUGCUUGUGGCCAACCUCCAGCGGUGGAACAUGCCAAAACCUUUGGAAAGAAGAAAGAUCGUUUUGAAAUUAAUUCCUUGGUACGGUAUCAGUGUAAAAGUGGGUACUUACAGCGUCAUUUCCCCAACAUCAAAUGCCAGCCAGAUGGCCAAUGGGAGAAACCAAGGAUAGUCUGCAUAGACACUGUCAAAUAUGCCCGCAGGCCCCAGAAGAGAGCUACUACAAGUAGGGCACAACCUCAGAAAGAACCAGUUGCUUCAUACAACUCUGACUCUUAAGUGGAAAAAAAGAUGUAAUUCUAUCUCAGAACAUUUAUAUUAAGAAAAAAUAAUAAUAAUUUUGUCAGAUAAGAGAUUUGUUUUCCCAGCCAAUAUAUAAAACACCAAAGCAUCCCUAGAUCCAAUGCCUUUUUUUUCUCGAUUUCAAGUCAAGCAUUAUCACUUGGGUUGAGCUCCUCAGUCUGUCACUGUGCCUUUGGGAUGAGAUGCUGAAGAUUCUAUCUUCAACCUGCCACAUGUCAUAAGGAAUACUGGAUCAAUUUUUAACAGCUGGACCCUCCCAGCUGAGAUAGAUCGACAUAGCUUAUAACAAUGUUGGAAUGUAAAAUGCCAACAGAAUCAUUCAAAAAAAUGCAACACAUUCACAGAUUUGUUAUCAAAAUGAGAUGAAAAUAUAGUUUCUAUGCUGUGAACACAAAAGCAACAGAACAGUUGUCCUGAUGCUAUUCAACCAGGACCAUGCAGUGCAUGGUGUUAUGGUUUCUUAUUUGUAGAGGUGCGUAGUGGGAAUUGGAGUACUAACCCCAUUGUCAAUUGCAGCAGAUAAUUUCCAGAGUCUAAGUCCUGUUGCACAAAAAUCUAGCACUUCAUAACUUUCGAACUGGAAAACGAGCAAAAAAAGUAGGAUUUGGUUUAUGUUUAGAGAACUGUGAGGGGGGAAAAUUUGUCCUUGAACGUGUAAAAUAAAAUAUGAACGUUAUAUUUUAUCCUGAGUAAAGAAAACAAUAACAGCUUUAAAAAUAUAUUUCAGUGGAGAGUGUGUGUGUGUGUGUGUACGUGUGCAUGUGUAUGCGUGCGUGUGUGCGCAUGCGCGUGUGUGUAUUUUAAUGAAACUGUGAAUGUUUGGGAGACAAGAUGUAUACCUGCAGACAGAAUAAGUACAGGAAAAGAAACUUUGCUCCUAUUAAAUUUUAGGAGAUUCUUCUUCUUAUUCCUUCCGCGCAUUCUGAUGCAUCGGGCAGCAACCUUUGCCGUUUCUUUAGCGUUUUUGUCUGUUUUUUUUUCACAAGGCCAAGUUGCUAGCUCGAUGCUCAGUCCAGCACGGAUUGGAAGUGUGCAAGGAGCCAUCCGGAUUUGAACCCCGGACCACUUGCCUCAAAGACCAGUACAGAUGCCAUUACACCACCAGCCAGCUCAAGGGGAUUGGAAACUCUAAACUUGUUUUGAAAUUUGUGAAAAAUAAUUGAUUAAUUGACAUUCAUCCAAAUAUGAAGCUUAAACUCAGAGAAUUUAUUUUGCUUUAAAGGGAAAUAUACUGUAUUAGCAGCCACAAAACUGUUUCCCUUUUUAUUAAGUAAAUCCCUUAAGAAGCGGAAAUUGAAUAAUUUACACUUCAGUGAUCUUUUUAAUGCCCACCUAAUUUCUUGAGAGAGAAUUAAAGUGAAGCAAUGCCCUGCUAAUCCUUGCAUCUGCCUGGAACUCUGAUCCAGGUCACUGGGAUGAACUUCAACCCUCUUUCCAGAGUCCUUGAACAAAAUUCAAAGGUGAAAGGCCGUCUUCGGUCCAAUUAUACCCAAAGUGCUCCAGAGAAACCCUAAUGUCAGAAACAGAAAUAUCACACUGACAUCAAUAAAGCUAAAGUGAUAUUAGAACAGUAUAAAAGAAACAGGUUAUGCUAGACACCACCAAUGUGUUCACAGCAUCUGAGAUAGGAUUUCACAUUAUGGGUCUAAUGCCCCCUGCCCAACAAAGUUGGUAGUGUGAUGUGUGGUACAGAAUGAUGGCAUGACCUCUUUCUGACGCUCAUUAACUUGAAUAUAAUUUUUUCACAAUUCAGUUUACCAUAAUCUCAAAGCAUCCAUUAUUUUACACCAGCAUCUUCAGUGCUGAGUGGUUUGAUUCCACGCCAGUUGCAAAUGCACGGUCCACACACAAGCAGCCUAUACCAGGAGACUGAGUUUCACGCAAACUUAUUGCAGAGUGAAGUUGGAUUCUGUCUCUUCUUGUUUGUGCUGGAGUGGAUUCCAAGCCCUUUGUGCUGAUGACGUGGGUAUAGCCCAUUCCACCAACGGUGAGAAAAGAUAGUCAAACCCUCAGAGUGACUCAUUAUUCCAGAAGCCCUCCCCCCACCAUUAAUACUGUGAUUGGUUGCUGGAUCAACUCACACACAGUGAAAAAGUUCUCCCCUCUGACAUAUUCAACUCCAGACUAAAAUUGGCCAGAAAAGGGAAGCGAGGAGUGAGCAGGGUACCAUCGGAUAGUCAGUGCCAGUUCUUCAAUAAACAGCCUUGGGAUAGGAAUACAAGAAGAAAGGAAGCCGUAGAGCAAUGGUCAUUUAUUGCUGAAAGGAAACCGUGAAGUGGUAGUCAUUUAUUGCCCUGUGGCUUUGUUUCCCAGAUUGCAUUGCAAACUAAAACAUCUUCAUUCUGCAGAUCAUUGCAUUCUUCAGCUAUUUCUGUUUCACAUUUUCGCUUCCUUCUUGAUGACUCUUGGUGAAGUCUGCCAGCAGUUCUAUCACUGAAGAAACCCAGUGCAAACAGCUCAGAGAUGUUAAAGGGUCUGUUCUUGCUGGGUUCGGUGGCCAAAAUGCUAGAGCCCCACCAGCAGCACCAGCUUGCAAUAUAUCUGACCUGUUUCUUCUGCUCUUAACAGAUAGUUCUUACAGAAACAUCUGCAUGAUGAUACCUGGAGAUAACUUAAUGACACAAAGGAAUUCCUAAAGGUGGUUGUUGUAUCACUAUGAGGACAACAGGCUAAAAAUGAGCAUUCAUCUUUCUGUGAAAAUUCAUUUAUUAAAUAGAACUCAUUCAAGAUACCAAACACCAGCACUUGCACAGCAAUCUUAGACUCAAUAGCCUGCGUUUAUAGUUGCUUCUUUCUGAAUAGUAACACUGAAAUAUUGCAUCAUGGAUUCCACCAGUCCUUUAAGUGUUUAAAAUGGAAUGGUAUUCAAACAAUCUUAAGAAAUAGUAAUUGAUUUUAUUUUAAACCAAUUUCAAAUUUGUAAAAACUGCUUUUGAAUUGAGUUAGAUCAUUUCUCCAAUGCAAGCUGUGAGAGAAAUGGGUAUGUGCACCUUGUUUUAGGUGUUCUUAUGUACACUCUAAGCAAGCCUGAAUCAAGCGCUUCUAAAUGUCUGUAGUUGGAGCAUUGUAUUUGCUGGUAAGAGGAACUGAUUGUACACCCUGCAUGAUAGGAUUGUACCAAAUCUAUGUGUUUUGCCAUUUUGUAAGAGAUGUUAUUUUAUUUAAAACAUCAGCCCAACAAUGCAGAUGUUCAUUCGAGCAAGGCCCUGUAUUAAGAUGAGGAGCACAUCUGCAUAAAUUGAAUUGUGUGCAAUAAACUGUAUCCCAUGUUACACCAACUCUCAGCUAACCUGGUGACUUCCCGAAAGUCUAAUCCUGGCUGGAGAGAAAUAUGUUGGGAGUUAUGUGUGCAUGUUAUGCAUGUGUAUUGUUCCCUGUUCAACAGAAGGGCCUUUUGUCUGCUGAACCUCAAAAAGUGAAAAUUUGUUUCUAAUGUGCCUUGUGACUGUGCACAUAUGUAUUUAAAUAAAGUCACUGUCACAGAACUGGA